UAAAAACGUAAAGCAAUCAAUGUGUUCUUUACAGUUCUGCGGGACAUUGCUUACAAUUAGGACACUUUUUCUUGGUAACGCGUUUGUUGUCUGAUAUUUAUCAUAAAUUAAACGGAUUGAUUGAUUGAUCGGCACAGAUCGAUAGUACAGUACAACAGUAUGUUGAAGGCAACAGUAAGUGUAGCAGUAGUGCUGCUCUUCGUGGCUUUGGCUUGUGCAGAUCCUCGCCAAGGACUGCAACAGCAAGUUGUACAGAGACAACUACGUUCCGGCGCUGCCGUCGCCUCACCAAACCAUCCGUAUCUCUUCCUCACCGUGCCACGUGCCAACGGCAAUGGACAUGAAGUGCAAGGCUUCAAAGUUGUCGAGCUUGAGGACGAUGAUGAUGAAGAAGAAUCUAAAACCAAAGUUGAAAACAACCAAGAAAUUAAUGAUGGCGAUGAGGAUGAUGAUGACGACAAUGUCAAUGCAGCAAACGAUGAUGACGACGAAGAUGAGGAUGUUGUACGCAGCAAUAAUGUUGAAGUUAGCAACGAUGAUGAGGAUGAGGACGUAUUCGAGUAUAACUCGAAUGACGAUGACGAUGCGGAUAAUCAGAAUGAUGAAAACGAUGUCACCAACAAUUUGGUGUACCUGCGUUCGCGUGCACCACAUACACCACGCCUGCGUAGCCAAUUGAAAAAUCAAGGUGCCAUCAUCAGCGCCGAUGGUAAUGGUGUCAAUCAAUUGAAUGCACAACUCGUUUUGAAGAAUGCCAAACCGACGAAUAUGAUGGUGUCGCGCGAACAUGCCGGUGCUAUUAUGGUGCCCGAUGGAAUUAUCGAGAUCGAAGGACAAAGUGUGGUGGACGAGAAGACGGGCAAGACUGCGCUGUUGGUGCCGCGUGCUGCGCUCGAUGCCAUACCAGAUGGCAGCGUUGUCGCACUGAUGGAACGUUCGGCGACCGAUAGCGAAGAGGCACGUGCCAAUCGGGUGUUAGUGCGUCGUCGUCGCAAGGGUUCGCGUCGCAAUGUGGUGCGCCGUCGUGGCGGUAAUCGUCGUCGUCGUGUUGGAGGCAAUCGUCGUCGCCGUGUUAGCAACAAACGCAAGAAUGUGCGCGUCUAUCAAGUGGGUGGCGGUGCUAAACGUAGACGCGGUAAUCGCCGUGUUGCACGUCCUGUAGUUGUACAGGGUUGAUUUGAAGCGCUAAUCGACAACACGUGAAAUGUAUUAGUAUUAUAGGUUAACUAAACUAAAAAACCAACGACAGCUUUCGAUGCUACUUGAAUUAUGUAUGUAUGUCUACUGAUGGCGAAAAAGAAACGGAUUAAAUAAAAUAUAUGUAUUGGAAA